AUGUCAACUCCUAAAGCAAUUGUGUUUUCAGAUUGGGAUGGUACCAUCACUUUACAGGAUUCCAAUGAUUUCCUCACUGAUAAUAUCGGUAUGGGUUAUGACAAAAGAAUGGUUAUAAAUGACGCUAUUCUUCAAGGCAAGACCAAUUUUCGUGAUGGAUUCAGAGAAAUGUUGGAGUCAGUAAACAAACCAUUUAAUGAAUGUGUUGAGUAUCUUUUGGCCAACAUCAAGCUUGACCCUGGUUUCAAGGAAUUUUUCAAAUACUGUCAACUGGAAAACAUUACUAUAGUAGUGGUGAGUUCGGGUAUGGCACCAAUAAUUUCUGCAUUAUUAUACCAAUUGGUUGGUCCUGAUGCAUCAAAAAGGAUUGAAGUUUUAUCCAAUAAUGUCAGAAUUGCCGAUAACGGCGAUGAAUGGGAGCUUUUAUUUAAGGAUCCAGAUUCUCCGUUUGGCCAUGAUAAAGCAAAGUCGAUUAAGGAAUGGCUUACUUCCCGUGGUUAUGUGGAUGAUACAGGGGAUUAUGAAGGAAUUACCAAACCUAAGCUAUUCUACUUGGGCGACGGUGUAAGCGAUUUGUCGGCAGCAAAAGAAACUGAUUUGUUAUUUGCAAAACAUGGUAAAGAUUUGAUCAAGUACUGUAUUAGGGAAAAUAUUCCAUACACCGAGUUUAAGGAUUUUAAAGAAAUUUUGGACAAAUUGAAGAAGAUCAAUCAAGGUGAAGCUAUAGAGAAUUUUAUUGAAAACCCAAACGUGCAAAAUUAG